AUGGUUUCAUGGCCCACGGCCCGUCCCGCUUUCGGUUCGCACCACCAGCUCCCUCAGCCAUUCGACAAUGGAAAGGUGCGGCCGCGUAAAUGGCUGGCAGAUACGGCCACGAAUGAACCUCAGAUACGCGUCCAGGACAGCCCCCUCGAUCACGAGCCACUUCCGGGCCGUCCGAUGGUCCCGGUAAGCGCGAGCGACUGGGAGUCCAAGAAGCAUAUCAUCCGGGAACUCUACAUUGAUCAAAACAUGUUCUUGAACGAGGUAAUCGAGAUCAUGAUCUGCAAGUACAACUUCAAAGCCACCGCGAGGAUGUACAAGGGGCAGUUUGCAAAGUGGAAGUGGACAAAAUACAACAAGCCCGGAAAGCCCGGGCCCAUCAGGCCGACCCGGUCGGCGGUGGGAAAGAAGAAAAGUCUUCCUUCCCGAAGGGCCCAGCGCGGUAAGGGAUGGAAAUCGACGUCCAGGGAAAGACAGCAAUCGACGCCACUCUCCCAACCGGCCCCGCUUCAGUAUUUUGGCGACGAGGAGCGUCUCGUGGAAGCCGCCCUCAGUGCCUACGCCGCCAUGAUAUCUCACUGGUCCGAGCAGGAGACGCCCUGGCGGACCGCGGCACACGACGGUGGCGGCGGCGGCGGCGGCGGCGGUGACCUACUACGCGCCGGAGCCCUCGGGAUCGAAGACCGCUCCAUCCUCGAGCAGGUCCGCUGCGCCCAAGACUACUUUCUCAGCGGCCGUACCCAACAAGGCGGUGACAUGCUCCGGCGUGCUUUCCUCAGCGUCGAGGCCGCCCUCUCCGGCGACCUCACCGUCGAGGCCCUCUGGGACUGCUGCCUCGCCGUGCCCCAGCUCGCUCUCACCACCGGCUGGACUGACGUGCUGUCCAUCUUUGUGCGCUACCUGCACCAGUACACCUCCAUCAAGCUGCCGCACCACCCC